AUGAUCCCCAUUGUCGAUGAGGUAUGUGCACCUGACAUGAGUCACAAAACUGUAGAUUUGGUGCGAUCCUUUAUUCAAUGGCAUGCAACCGACAUAUCGGAUUGGCACGCAGUAGCAGGGCGAUUUGAGGAGUUACCUGAUAGUUGUCGUCAACUAGCCAGUUCACCACCUGAUCCAGCAUUGCAACUAAUCAAUCGAGACUGA